GCUCAUGCGCAGCCCUUUUGGGCUCGAGGCCGAGCCGGGGGGCGGAGCAUCGCCCUCCCAUUCCGUCAAAGAACCUUGUUUACCCCGACCAGCCACCACCGUAUCAUCCAUGCGGGCUCUUCUCGCGGCGGCGGCCCUGCAGCAGUGCUCCGCCCUGUCGGGGCUCUUCCGCAUGAUGCACGACCUGCUCCAGGACCUCGGCCCCGCGGUCUCCGUCCAGGUGCUGACGCCCUGGGGCGAGGAGCUGGUCGGGACGGCCACCGACUCGCACGCCCCCUGCGAGGACGCGUCGGAGGGGAGCAACUGCUUCAACGCGGUCAUGUGGCUCAAGAUGGGCGGUUUCAGCAAGUUUCCGCACUGGUACCCGGGGUACACCGCGGAGUCCCCCUUCCAGGACGUGCAGGCCAUGCUCAACCGCACAGGCAAGUCUCAUUGCCCGAAGCCUUGUGCGACGGCAUCCUUCGCGAGCACGCCGCUGCAAGCCACUGACAGUGUUCCCGCUUUGCACAAGCUUCCCCGUUACCACACACCGGUGGAGGGCGACAAUUGCCACGAUGCGGUAGAAGGCGACCACUGCUUCCGCGCCAUCAAGUGGUUCAUGAAGAAGGGCAUCGCGGCGCACCCCGACUGGUACCCCAACCUCAGCGCCAGCUCCACCAGCCAAGAGGUGCAGCACGAGCUCCACCGCCAGCAGAAGGCCCAGUGCCCCAGGCCCUGCACCCUGAGCCCCCGUUUCGGCCAGGACGAGGA